AUGGCCACGGCCGUUUUGUAUUACGUUCAAAGUUUAUGGCCGUUUGCAACGUUCAGAAACGAUGAUUUGCGGUUAUCUGAUCGGUUAGUGAAGGGAUUGAAGUUACCCGAUGAGACAAAACGGUUUGUGUUUGCGAUUCGGGAACCAGAAUCAGAGGCAGUGAUAUAUAUACUCUGUGUUCAGAAUCUAUCUGAAAGAUCAGCCAUAGAUGUUGAACGCCUUGUUAGAUGUGUUAAGCCAGGAGCAGUUGUGGCUCAAGUGAACGAGAUUGACUUUGAGGAUGUUCAGUUGUUAAGUGAUGGUGAUAAUGAACAUCCGAUUCCCACUUCUUCAUUGGAAGUACUUAAGAGGUGUUUUCUUCAUAAGAUUGGUAAAGAUACAUAUGAAAAUGUGGCUGGGAAUUUGGUCUUGAAGGAGAUCUUUGGUGUUGGCUUCAAUGGCCAUUUUUCAACUGCAAAGAGAAUAGCUGAAGAAGUCGGUUCUUCAUUUCUGCUGCUUGAGUCUCCUUUUGUGCAAUUGGAAAGGGAUAACAACAAUUCCUCAAGUGAAGUCGAAUCAGGUAAUAAUUUUCAAGGUUUUGGUUUACAGCCUAGUAAUUUGAUGCCACAUAGAAUGGGCUCCAUCAUUCCAUCAAGUUCAAGUAAAUAUCUCAUUUCAGAUGAUCACAUUCGUUCCCAAACAUUGAAGUUAUUAUCCUCUCAUUUACUUCAAUUAAACCCUAAUCAAAAUACAAGUCCUAUAAACAUUCAGCCAAAGGACGAUUACGAGGCCCCACAGUAUGCUCGUUCUGUAUACCCCUUACUUCAAGAUUUACACAACAUAUUUCUUGAAAUACCCUCAAUUGGACGCUCUCUAGCUUAUGCACAAAAGAUGCUUCAUGAUGUAAGCAAAGGUGAGGGCAUUGACACCAAACUCCUCUCAGAAGUAUACACAUUUCGCAUUGCAGUUGAGGGCUUAAGAAUUGCUCUAAACAAUGCUGGUAGAAUGCCAAUAAACAAAACAGGAAACCAUCAAACACCCAAAACAGAUUUUUCCACUCUCCCAGAUGAAGAAAAAUCACACGCUCUUCUUGCAAAUGCACUUCGUAGUCAAACAAAGAAUUUCAACUCCAUAGUGGCAAUCUUGGAUGCCAGCACAUUAUCCGGUUUAAGAAAACAUUGGAACACAGAAGUCCCUCAAGAAAUCGAGGACACCAUUGAAGAGCUUGUUGCAGAGUCAACAAAAGAUGGAGAAACAACAAAUCAUGACAAAAAAAGAAGAUUAACAAACAAACCAGUAGUAGCAGUGGGAGCAGGGGCAACAGCAGUGUUAGGAGCUUCAUCUCUUUCUAAAGUUGUCCCAGCAUCAACUUUUAUAAAAGUUGUCACCUUUAAAGUUCCCGCAUCUCUAAAACUCAUAAUGACACAGACCCAAAAACUUGUUUCCAUUUCAAUCAGCAAGAUUCUUGGUCCUUCAAAAGUUAUUGCUCCUAGUUUCUUCAAUUCUGGAGUAAACACUACAUCUUCCAUGAAAGCAGCUGCUUCUGCUGAGAAGAUAAGAACUGUGGUUCACAGUGUGAUAGCAUCUGCUGAAAAGACAAGUCUUUCAGCAAUGAGAACAGCUUUCUAUGAGAUUAUGAGAAAAAGACGAGUUCGCCCUAUUGGUGUGCUUCCAUGGGCUACAUUUGGAUGCAGUGUGGCUACAUGUUCAAGUUUGCUUGUAUAUGGUGAUGGAAUUGAAUGUGCUGUUGAAUCUCUUCCUUCAGCUCCUUCAAUUGCUAGUUUGGGUCGUGGGAUUGAAAGCUUGCAUCAAGCAUCACAAGCUGUAGAACAAAUGGAAAGCUUCAGGAUACAAAAAUCUAUCGAGUCGCUUGUCAACAGAUUGGAGGGGCAAAAGUGGAAAUCCAUCUCAUUUUUCGGAACUAUAAUUUAUAGGCUAUGA